AUGUCAAAGAAAUCACAAAAGAAGGGCCAAACUAUGGACCUGAGCACUUUUCUUUCCAACGAAGAAUAUGGUGACUGGGCCGAUGAUGUGCAGGACCUUCCUUCUGCUCAUCCCUCUCGUGGCUAUGAAUCUCGUGAAGAUCGCUAUGGUAACAGCCGUCCAGAGCUUCCUAUUCCUACUAAACCACCCUUUACCGUCAAUAUGGGAAACUUGAGCUAUGAUGUCUCAGAGCGUGACAUUUCCAUGUUUUUUGGAGAUGAAAUUAGGAUCAAAAGCAUACGUCUUCCAAUGGGUGAAAAUGGUCAAAGUCGUGGAUUUGGUUAUGUUGAAUUAGAAGAUCAUCAAUCAAUUGUUGCUGCUUUGAAAAUGAGCGGCGAGCAGUUUAUGAAUAGGCCUGUUCGCAUUCGAGUGGUCGAAGAUGGCAAACGAUCUACCGCUAUAGAGGAAGAAAAGUUUGGAAAUAAUUGGCGUACAUCUAUGCGUGCUGCUGAGCCUGUAAGUCAAUCGUAUGGAUUUAGUGGUGAUCGUGGGCGUAAUAACGAUGGUCGUUCAAGCUACGGACGAUCUACUCAAGACAGUGAUUUUUCUUCUCGCGUUGCUUCCACAGGAUGGAGAAGCAGUACCACUGCUCCAGCUCCAUUACCUACUGGUUCAUCCAUGAAUCGUCGUAAGUUUGAACCUUCUCGCACAGCUUCUGAUUCUGGUGAUACAGCUACCAAGGAAUUGCCAUCUGCUCCAAAAAAGCCAUCAGCAAAUCCUUUUGGUGCGGCCAAACCUCGCGAUGAGGCGGAAAUUCAACGACAACUUGAAGAACGUCGUAAAGCUCGUGAGGAAGAAGAGGCUGCUGAGAAAAAGGCGGCUGAAGAGGAAAAGCUUAAGCAAGAAGCACAGGCUCGCGAAAAAGCCGAUGCAGCUCGCAAAAUUGAACAAGAUCGUGCUGCUAAGGAAUCAGAGACUAGGAAGGCUACUGCUGAAAAGAAAAAGAUAGAUGUAGCUGCUGAACUGCCUACCAACUGGCGAAAGAAGACGGAUACCACAAUCUCACCUGCUACCGAGUUUAAAGCAAAGACAAAAACAAGCAUGGGUGAGCACAAGACUCGUCAUCAAGGCUCAUCUGUUGACACGACUGCCGAGUCUAGCUCAUUGCCUAUUAAAAAAAGCGAAGGCCGUUCUGGGCGUCCACAUUCAGGUGCAUCUGCUAGUCGUGGUCCUAUCCAGCAAGAAAAAUCAGCCCCGCUUUCAGUAAAGAAUGUAUUUGAUGUUCUUGGCGACCAAGAUGAUUAG